AUGACAAGUCGAAUUCGUCGUUCAACACGAUCACGAUCAAGUUUAAAUGUUAAAUUUGCUGAUGAUCCUGAUUAUGAUGAACAUACGUUUGAAGACGAUCAGGGCGACGAUGAUGAUGACGACGACAUCGACGAACUGCCGGUGGCGCGUAUUAAACAAGAGCAACAGCGACACACUAGUCAAAAUAAUACCAAUAGCAGUAUUGUUAAAAGACGUCGCGGACGACCUUCAAAACGUGAAACGAUACAUGAUGAUGAUGUUGAAUGGCAUGCUGAACAUGAAGAAGAUUUUUCAACUGUUACGCCAGUUGAUGUUACUUUAAGUCCAUCAGGCCCCGAUGUAAAUGCAUCAGUUUAUGAAUUCAGUGAAGCAUCAAAUCGUAAAAAACUUCCAACAAUUGAUUCAUUUGGAAAUAAUAUUUCACGUGAUUCAACAAAAAAUCCAAUUAAAGUUCGUCGAGAUGAAAAACAUCUAUGUCCUUAUUGUAACUAUUGUACAGGUAAGAAAUAUCUUCUUCAACGUCAUUUGAAAUCUCAUUCAACAGAACGACCACAUAAAUGUGCUUAUUGUUCGAAUACAUUUAAAACAACAGCACAAUUACAAAAUCAUGUUAAUACUCAUCUUGGUAUAAAACCAUUUCAGUGUAAAUUUUGUGAAUAUAAAUUUACUACAAGUGGAGAAUUAAUUCGUCAUGUACGCUAUAAACAUACACUUGAAAAACCUCAUAAAUGCGAAGAAUGUGGUUAUGCGACAGUUGAAUUAAGUAAACUUCGUCGUCACAUUCGAACACACACAGGCGAAAAACCGUAUUCAUGUCCGCAUUGUUCAUAUUGUAGUCCGGAUACAUUUAAACUUAAACGACAUUUACGUGUUCAUACCGGUGAAAGACCAUAUCAAUGCACGGUAUGUAAAUUUCGUUUUACACAAAGUAACAGUUUAAAAGCUCAUAUGUUAACACAUGAAACAAAUGCACAAAAAUUUCAUUGUACAUAUUGCCCAACAGUUUUAACACGUAAAGCUGAUCUUAAGCAACAUAUGUUAAAAAAACAUGCUAAUGAUGAAGAUUUUGUAACAUGUCUUAAAUGUGAUCAAGAAUUUGCUGAUCCACAUGAAUUAAAUCAACAUAAAAAAAUUCAUCAUGGAAUGAAUAAUAAUAAUAAUCCUAAUCAUAAUUUUAAUAUACCACGUGUUCAACUUAGUUGUUCAUUGUGUACAUAUAAAACAUUUUCACAAGAUAUACUUGAUGAUCAUAUGGAUUCACAACAUCGAGAUGAUCGAACAUUUCAAUGUAAUGAAUGUGGUUUAAUGUAUGCAACUCGUGGUGAUCUUCGUCAACAUGUAACAAAAGUUCAUCGUUGUGGUAUAUAUGCAAAAAUGCCUGCUGGUGGUUUAUCAAUACGUCAACGACCAUAUUUAUCAUCAUUAAAAUCUCAGCGUUCAUCAAAUUUAUUAACAUCACCAAUAAAACAACAAAUGCGAAGACGUGAAACAGUUUAUCGUUGUUCAAUAUGUCGAAAUAAAUUUACACAUAUGCGUGCUAUUGAACGUCAUCAUUAUGAUGUACAUCAUAUUGAUCCAUUUGAUACAGAAGCUAUGAAAAAUUCAACUAUUAUUGAUGAAGAAGAUGUUGAAGAUGAUUAUGAACAACAUCAUCAAGAACAACAACAACAACAAUUAAUUGAUGUUAAUCAAGUUCAACAAGAUAUUAAUCAUCGAGAUGAAGAUGAACAAAUGGCUAUUAUACAAUUUCGUAAUCAAAAUCAAAAUAUUGAUCAUUCACCAUUAAUCGUUAAAAUUGAAAGAGAUGGUUAUGAUGAUUUUGAAACAGCUGAUGAUUAUAUAUCAAACAAACCAACACCACGUGCUCGUCAAUUACAAAAGAAUCGUCGAAGAUCAUCAAAAAGUUCUUAUGAUGAUUCAUCCUAUAUGGAUUCAUCAAUAAAUAAAAAAGAAUUUUUACAUAAUUCAAAUUAUGAUAUAAAACAACACUAUGAUGAUGAUAUAGAUUAUGAAAAUGAAGCUGAAACAGCUGAUACAUUUGUUGAAAUGAUUGAUGAUGAAGAUAAUAUUAUUGAUGAGAAUGAUUUUAAUAUUAUUAAAUAUCGUUCGUCAUCUCAAAAGUUGACUUGA